UGAAUGUUAGUUGCGGUACAGCCGAUACCUAACACCAGUUAUAUAUUAUAUUUUGUUCAUCCUUUCGUACUGGAACGCUCAACAAACAUCGCCUCUUGCGCCCCUCUUCCAGAAAACUUCUCAGAUGCACGAGCCUCAAAGAAAUUGGGAAACAAUUAGAGAGCAUCGUCGGAAGCUCCGAGAUGAAUUUAACCUGGAUGUGGAUGAGUUGCUUCGAAGUUUGAGCGAGAAGAAAGUCUUCACACAUAAUGAGGAGAGGAUCAUUCGUCGAGUAGAUGAUCUAUCGGAGCGAUUUGAUAAGCUCUUCGACAUCCUUCUCGUCAAGCACGUGGAAAUGAUUCGCCUCUUCUACGAGGCCCUCUCUGCCAUGGGGAGGAAUGACAUCAAGGAAUUUUUACAAGGGUCGACGCCUGAGUAAAAGUUCAGAGUCAUAGAGAAAAUCUGGGAAUUCUGCAACGACUUUGGAUCCCAACUAUUUGUUCCCUCGUUUCAUUGGAAGUGACGGCAUCUGUGUGUAAAGGACCAAGUUGUAUUGUACCUUCAAUGAAACCUGAUGAAUGAAAAGACAAAUCGGAUGACGGGAAGCACGGACGGAUUUCUCUCAUUAGAAUGUCGAGAGUUGAAUUUUGUCGUGAUCAUACUUCAUUAGGAGCAUUCAGCUUAUUCCGCACCCCUUCUGCUGAAGCCACA